CAUUCCGCUCUUCAACGCGCAAGUGAACUGACAUAACUUCUAUAAAUCAUAAACAUUCAUCAAAAACAAGUGAGAUUACAAAGAAAAUGGGUUCGCUAGAGAAUCCUCUUGUUUAUUGUGAUACAGUGAAGAAUUUAAUUGAGCAAAUUCGAAGAAUUCACGAUGAAUUAAUUGAUCACGAAAACACAAUUCCCAAAUGUGAAACUUGUCGGCUGAACUACACGGAAUUUUACUUCCUAAAAUCUCAACUAUAUCCUUUUGUACAAGACGACGCGACUCCAAAGUAUGAAGAAGAAUUCAACCCACUCGAGCAUACUGAAGACAAUACAGAUGAGGAGCUACACUCCUUGGAUAUAAUAGUGAAAGAAGAGACAAAAAUACAAUCGAAAGAUGAAACUAUUUACCUAAAAGUAGAUAAAAUUUCGGAUGUUAGUCCAAAGAAGAAAAAAACCAAGAGGGGCAGAGUAGUGUGUCAUAUUUGCAGCAAAUCAUUUUACAAGAAAGAGCGUCUUGCUUUACAUCUUACUCAGCAUCUGACAGAACCAAAGGAAAAAGUAUCCUGUCAGUAUUGCAAAAAAGGAUUUUUCAACGAAGAACGCCUCAAAGCGCAUUUAGCUCGUCACACUGGAGACAAACCAUUCCAGUGCAAGGUUUGCAAUAAGGCAUUCAAAUCAUGGGAUUACUAUAUAUCUCAUUGCGAGAAUCACAAGAAGGAAUCAGAUGUGGGAAAUCAAGAGCCACAGCAGCCUAAGGAUGGUAUUCAAACAGAACUAUUCGCACAGGACUCCACAAAAAACAGUCAGAUAAAAAAAUAUUCAAAAAGGAAAUCCGCGCAAGAGGAAUCACAUGAGGAAAUUGAAGAAAAUUGUCGUGAUGAAGAGGAAGCUGUAAAACCAUUUGAGUGUUCGUAUUGUGGACAUAAGUUUUCCAAAAGACAAAGAAUUCUUUUCCACAUUAAGCACCACAUUAGAAAGAGGAGAUCAAUCAAGAAGGAAAAUAAUGAGCUUGAAUGUAAGAUUUGUCACACAACAUUCGACACGAUACGAGGACUGAGGAAGCAUUUAUCAUUUCACGAAAAGGAUCCAUAUUUUAAGUGUCUUCAUUCAUCUCAUCAGAUCAACACGGAAACUUCACAUGUCUGCAACACUUGCAAGAGAAAAUUCGUCGAUAUUGCAACACUACAGAGACAUCAGGAGCUUCGCGAUAGCUAUCAGCUGAAUUGCAGCAUCUGCAAGGAUGCAAUGUGCACUUUAACGGAUUUGACUAAUCACGAAAAACUGUCCCACAGACUAAAGAACACCUUUCAGUGCACUCAUUGUCCAGAGAAAUUCACCAAUUUCAAGUUGAUUUGCAAGCACUAUAAAACGAAGCAUCCAAAUGCUGUAGGUCCCACAAAACCUUUUCUUUGCGAAUUUUGUGGUCUUUCACUGGGAGAUUCGAGAGAUCUAAAGACCCACAAGACGGUACAUUACAAUGAAAAGCCACAUAAAUGCGAUGUGUGUAAUAAGGGAUUUCGCUUACCCAGACUUCUUAAGCAACAUCGGAGAGUUCAUAUUCCUAAAUCUCAGCGGACUGAUCUUUAUCACUGCGAUAAGUGCGAUAAAGGAAAUUUUCAAUCGAAGGUAGCACUAUGGAAACACAAUCGCCUUCAUACUGGUGAAGUUACGGAGAAGUUCUGCAAAGUUUGCAAUAAACGCUUUAUUAAUCCGAAUUUACUUGAAAGUCACAUGCUAACGCAUGUAAACGAAGGACCCAGACCUCAUAAGUGUGAUGUGUGUGGAAAAUCAUUUAAAGUUCUAAAGGAAUUCAAUCGGCACAAGAAGAGGCAGCAUGGGAUUCAUAAUGGUGAAAAUUCUGAGCUAUUCUGCACAGUGUGUAAUAUGCGAUUUAUUCAUUUGAGUUCACUGGAAAAUCACAUGCUUAAGCAUAAAAAUGAAGGUCCUCGACUUCAUAAAUGUGAUUUGUGUGGAAUCGCAUUCAGAAUUCUAAAAGAACUCAAUAAGCAUAGAAAACGCAUACAUGGAAUUUUAACAGAAGAAAUGUUGAGAUUGGAAGCAAAAAAGAAGAAAGAACUCCUGAAAUUAAGUAAACUUCGUAUCAAUACUUAAUUUUAUACUUAACUUUAUUGCGUGAAAUAAAAUCCUUAAAAAACUGUUA